UGAAAUGUAUUGUGUGUCAUUAUGUCAGUGUGUCAUUGUCUAGGUUUCAUUCGCUGAAACCUGCAAAUUAGACCCUGUUUAUCAAUGAAAUCCAAAUAUGAAAGACAAAAGGAAGAAAAAGGACCGCACUUGGGCCGAAGCUGCCCGUUUGGCCCUAGAGAAACGUCCGAACACACCACUGACAGCAAAGCAAAUCUUGGAGGUUAUUCAGAAAGAAGGCUUAAAAGAAACAAGAAAUGGAACCUCUCCUUUGGCUUGUUUAAAUGCAAUGCUACACACUAAUACUCGUAUUGGGGAUGGAACUUUCUUCAAAAUUCCUGGAAAAUCUGGACUUUAUGCUCUUAAAAAGGAAGACUCCACUUGCCCCACAGAUGAAACACUACACUUAGGUUGUGAAUCUGAGCUUGAUGGCAUUGAAAUGUCUGAGAUGAGCAGUACUAAUGGAGAGGAAAAUGGAGUAUGCCCAAAGCAAAUCUCUGAAGAGUCUUCCGAGCAGGUCUCAAGUCCCACUACAACAGCAGUACAAAGCAAGCUAGUGUCUUCCACCCAACAGCAUACCAAAAAAGCUCUGAAACAGGCUUUGAGGCAGCAGCAGAAAAGACGAAACGGUGUUUCAAUGAUGGUUAACAAGUCCGUCCCUCGUGUUGUUCUGACCCCUUUAAAAGUGUCCGAUGAACAGUCAGACUCACCUUCAGGAUCGGAGUCUAAAAAUGGUGAAGCAGACAGUUCUGAUAAAGAUGUCAAACCAGGGCAAAAGUCACCUACAGGAAAGCAAACUAGUCAACACUUAAAGAGACUAAAGAAAUCCGGUUUAGGGCAUUUAAAAUGGACCAAAGCAGAGGAUAUUGACAUAGAAACAAGGGGCUCUAUUCUGGUCAACACCAACCUACGGGCAUUGAUAAACAAGCAUACAUUUGCUUCCUUACCUCAACAUUUUCAACAGUAUCUCCUCCUUUUGCUCCCAGAAGUAGAUAGACAGAUCGGAGCUGAUGGGGAUUUGCGCCUUAGUAGUUCAGCCCUAAAUAAUGAAUUCUUUGCAUAUGCAGCACAGGGGUGGAAACAGCGACUGGCAGAAGGGGAGUUUACUCCAGAAAUGCAGUUACGCAUCCGUCUAGAAAUUGAAAAAGAAAAGAAAACCGAGCCAUGGAAAGAAAAGUUCUAUGAAAAAUUUUAUGGAGAAAAAUCAGGUAUGACGGUAGAAGAAUCUGUAAAGUUAACAUCUGACUGUGAAGAGGGGGAGUCCAGUUUAUCUUUAGAGUCUUCAAGUUUGCCCGGGCCUUCUGCUCAGUCAUCUGUUGAAGAAGAUGAUGAUAACACAUGCAUAGAAACUGUACAUUUGCCAGAGAAUGAUUUGGAUCAGUUGUGCAGUAUGGAGACCAUGACAAUCAAGGACUCCAUAGGAGAAGCAAUAGCAGAGGAUAUAGUGAUAUCAGAAGAGUCUGUUAUACAAGAAGAAAUAGCAGAGGAAGUUGAGUCAAGUAUCUUUGAAGAAUGCCAUGAAGGAAACCAGGAACCCGAGCUUGAUGUUUCUGAGCAGGGUGAGGAACAGUCCACCAAUAGCGAAGUUGAGAGCGAGUUACCUGCUGACGAUGAAAAGAUUAACAUUUUGAUGAACGAUGAUUCUGAAGCCUUGGCCGAUAUUCCAGUUAUAUUAGAACAGAAACUUGAUACAACAGAAGAAGAAGUUAUUCCAGUUGUUUGUGAGCAAUUAGAUUAUGUCCCAUCACCCGUUCCUUCUGCUCUUUCAGUAGAGGCUGAAAAUGAUAUUGACAACACCUGCACUGAUGCAGUAGAUGAAAAGAGUUCUGCACUAGAAGAAGAGAGCAUGUCAAAUAUUGUACUAGAAGAUUCACCUAAAACUGAAAGUUGCAUAAUUGAUAUGGACAUUCCAAACAACUCUGACCAGCUUGCGUCUGAGGAAGAUGCUGUUUCAGAAGCACCAUUUUCUUCUGAAAGCACAGUAGAACCUACUAGCAGUCUUGAAACACUGGAAGAAAAUGUAGAGCCUGCUUCAGAGGAGACCCUAAGCCCUGUAUGCAUUGAAACAUCUUCUCUGUCUGAGCCACCCAGCAGCCAAAACCAGUACAGUACUGAAAGUACAGAAAGUCCUGAGUACCAACCACUUCAGGAGGAAGACGAUGAGCCAUGCACAAGUACAGCUUCACCUACAUCACCUGAAUGCAGUUUACAUAACAGUGAAAGUUCUACACCUCAACAAACAGUACCAGCUUGCACAUCAGAUGAUCAGGAUGAAUCCCUAAAUGAUGUAUCUUCCGAGUCUGUAGUGACUGAAAAUGAAACUAUUACACAGGAGGAAGCAUGCUUAGUUCCAUCAGAAAGUGAGCAUGAUUCUUCUGCUGCAGAUACACCAUCAACUUCUGAAGAGACUGAAGUCAGUGAAGUUCAGCAGAAUGGCUCACAGACCACACCUGAGAAACCACAAACUUGUGUACCUGAAGAAGUUCCACCACCUGAUGUUACUAAAUGCAAAAGAACUAGUGCACAACACACUUUGCCUGAGAAAUCUUUGACUGAAAAGCCAUGUAAACAUUCAUUAGAAUCAUCACUGGUUACAGAAGGGUUAGUGACAAAGAAUGCUGAUAUUCAGCAUAAUAAUAAAGUGCAUCCUUUACGUGAUAAAUCUUUCAUCUUAUCAGAUGUUGGCUUAUCUGAAGUGACCAGAAGUAAGCAGCAUAAACUUCAGCAAGGGAACUCUCAAAAUAAGUCUACACUUUCACAUCACUCAAAAUCAUCAGAGCCUACAAAAUCUCCUGAGAUGCUAAGAAUUGAAAGUCGUGAACCAGAAAUCUCAAAAAGAAAGACUGCAGAACACCAUGCUUUUGGAAUAUGUAAAGAGAAGAGACCAAGAAUUGAAGAUGAUCACCCUACUCGAAUUUCAGUGUGUAGCAGCCAGUCUGAAAAAGAAGCUCCCCCAAGGGAAGAGCCAAGGGUUCCUCCCCUCAAGAUUCAGCUUUCAAGGAUUGGACCACCUUUCAUUAUUAAGAGCCAGCCUGCUAGGGCAGAGUCCAAGACUUCUCCUUCAUCAAGUAGUGCAAGUGUGAAUAACAGCAGAAACACAGGUGCCAGAACACUUGCAGACAUUAAAGCCAGAGCUCAGCAAGCUCGAGCCCUGAGAGAAGCUGCAGUUGCUGCAGCAGUGGCUGCAGCUGCUAGCAUUGUGUCUGGUGGCAGUGGAGCCCAUGGAGAUGCUAUAAAAACACGAACCCUGGCCCAUAUGAAAGAACAGACAAAGACCAAACCUUUUAGCAAACACCAAGGAAGAACCCAUUUACUUCAGGCUAACAAAGAUGUAAAAUUACAGUCUGCUACAAAGGAUGGUCUACCAGCAACAAGUAUGCAAGUUAAUGUUGAUUCUAAAACUGAAAGUACAACAACUGGUGUUAUUAUUGUGAAUCCAAAUUGUAGGCCUUCUGGCAGCAAUUCUUUUCAAAUACCUGAUGCAAGUACCUCAAUACAGCAGUCAUCUGUGGGACAAGAAUCUCCCAUUAAAACACCUGUGCAAAACAACACCGUUCCAUAUUCAACUGACAACAUAAUUGCUUCUACCUCUACUGAAAAUAAUAGCUUACCAGUGUUCUUUGAUAAAGCUACCAUUCCAGUUUCUCCUUCAAGCACUCCUGUUUCAAAGACAGUUGGCAAAUCUUCUUUUGCAAGUUCUUUUGAGGAUUCCCCUAUGUUAAUGUCUGUUGAUACUACUACUACUGCAUCAGGUAAUAUUCAUAUGUCAAAAACUGCUGCCGAUGCUGACAUUCCUCAUUCCCUUGUCAGAGCCAUUGUGCCAAACUGUGCAGUUAACACAGCAGUUUCAUCAUCCCCAGAUAAUUCAUCAGUUUCAAGUUCGUAUGAAAAUCACAUUUCAAGUUCUCUCAAUGGCAGUCCAUGUUCAACAUUUCAGGAUGCUGCUACUGAGCCAGGAACUGGAAAAAACAGUAAUAUGCCAACAUCUCCUGUGAGCAGCACUUUAAUUAAUAGCUCCCGUGAUGAUUCUGUUCUAGUCUCUCCUGUUAGGACUACUAUACAGUUUUCAAGUGAAAAAAGCCCUGCUGAUUGCUCUGUUGACCAAAACGUUGCAGCUGCAUAUAGUAACAUUAAAGUGACUUCAGGCACCAGUGAGACAGUGGUUGUACCUAACACAGUAGAAGCCCCACCUGUUUCACUAGUUACAAAUGAAACAGUGACCGAAAGCUCAUUUGCUAACACUACCAAAAUACCUGCUAAUACUUUUGAACACAUUUCUAGCCUUGCCAAUGUUUCAGAUCUUACAGGUAAAUCUCAGCCACUAGGUUUUACACAGUCAAUGACUAAUAGAUCAAUCCCAUGUAAGGUUAUAGUAGACCACAGCACCUCUUUCAAUUCUAACACACCAGUAGUUCCACCUGUGGAAAGUACUGACAAAACCAUAGACCUGAAGUACAAGCCUGUCAGGACAGAAACAGUUUCUCAGCAUGUGACCUGCCCUCAGGUGUCUGUAAUAAGCAGGUCUGAGCCAACUAGCAAUAAAAAUGUAGAACACCCUUCUAACUUUAGUGCCAUUGUAAGACAGGAUGACAGAAGCUUGCAAACAACUUGUACAAAUGUUGUAGCUGAGCCUAGUUUGGAGCAAGAUAAGUUAAGUGAAACUAAUGUUCCUAAACAAGGCUUCUCAGAGCAUGUGCCAGGUUUCUCUUUCAAGCAUGAAGCCAACAUUGUCUGCCGUGAUCAGUAUAUGCACCCAAAUGAGAGAGGCUGCUGGGGUGGUAAUGAGAACUUGAACUCUGACUCACAGACUGUUCUCCAUUCUAACACAAACAAACAUAACCGUAAAGAUUAUUCUGAAGAAAAUGUACAGAGAGAUGGCAAAGUAGAGUCAUCUGGUUAUAGGCAUUUGAAAGAGUUAAGUGAUAAUAACCUUUCUGUUGAUGACUCUGUUUUGGUAAAAACAGAAUCUUCCCAAACUGGAAAACACUUCGAUAUGAAUUCUGAAGAGUUUUCUUACCGCAGCAUUCAAGCACAAGCAUCUGACUUAACAGUAUGUGCACAGUCUCAAAUUUCUAAGACAGCAGUCAGUGAUACAUGUGAGGACCCUCCCCUGACUACAGAAAAUCAGAAAAGAGUUCAGAACACUGGGAGCUUUGGCUGUCGUUUGUCAUCAGUGGAAGCCAAUAAUCCUCUAGUAACACAACUUCUACAAGGCAACUUACCUUUGGAGAAGGUGUUGCCCCAGCCUCGACUAGGAGCCAAGUUAGAAAUCAACAGGCUUCCUGUGCCUUUGCCAUCAACGCCAGUAUGCAAAACAGCUGUAACUGAGAGAAACACAAAUGACGCCUCUCCUGGCUCUCCCAGUCCAGAGAGUAAGGGGCUUGCCUUGGAAAGCAGUGGGCCAUCACACACACGAAAGCGUGAUAACCCUCCCAAAAAGAGAAUGGCCAGGUCUGUAGGAGAAUAUGCCCAAGUAAAAUGUGAGCCUUCAAAGCAUCUGUCAGAAACAGAGGCCAAACUCGCACCUUGUGCAUACAGUGCUAGUAUGAAUCAGUUGAGGCAAGGACAGCCAUUCAAACACGAGUGGAUGAACAAACAUGUAUCCCAUAACAGAGUGUCCAAUAGUCCAGAGAUUAAACAGCAGAAGAGACCACUGCCUGCAUGCAGUUUUCAGCACAGUACAAAUAUUGACAAAAAUGGCACCUUUCCAUCAGAAGUUUGUGCUUCACAAAGACAUCCUGUUUACCAAAUGUCAGCUGCUGUAAGAGGUCCUAUUCCAGCAUCAAAUUUGCUGCAAGCAAGCACAAAGACCACAUCUAGCUGUAACACACUAAAUGCUUAUGCCUUUAGACACCAGGAGCAGCAGGGUGUAGAAGUCAACAUCUCUUCCUCAGCAGACCAGAUGAGACAAGGACAUGUGUUUUCACCUAAUCUACAAAUUAAGCAAGCAGAUGAUCUUUGUAAUAUAUCGCAGAUGAUGCAUAAACAUUCUCCCCCUAAUGCUGGAGAAGCCCAGUGUGAUCAGAAACAGCCGUCUCUUACAAUGGAAACUACAAAGAGGUUGAGUUGGCCUUCUCCAGCAAACACAUGCAGCAGUGUUAAAGUAGAGCCUAUUUCAUUUGAUGAAGGGUUAAACAGCAGUUGUGAACAGGCAAUUAAGCAAAUGACUUAUGAGCAGAAUGAAGUAAAAGAGCAGUUAAAAGCAUUUGCAUUAAAAAAUUCAGAGGUUUCUUCCUAUUUAAUGACAGAGCAGCAGAAGGUGUUUAACCAGCUAACUGUACAGAAAACCCAGCAUAAUUUACAGCAACAUCAGCAGCAAUCAUCUGGAAACUAUCCCACAAUACACUUUGGAAGCACUAAUUUCAAAAGAGCAGCGUCUGUAAUUGAGAAAUCCAUUGGAAUGUUGGGUAGUGGCCCAAAUAACUUGUCUGGUCAGAGUACAUCAGUGCCAGUUCAAAAAUUUGCUGAUGGCAGCAGUACAGAGGAGCUGGAGUUGAAAUGUUCUUGCAGACUGAAAGCCAUGAUUGUUUGCAAAGGCUGUGGAGCCUUCUGCCAUGACGACUGCAUAGGUCCAUCUAAAUUAUGUGUAGCUUGCUUAGUAGUUCGAUAAAGUAUAUUGUGAAAAAAAGCAGAAUGUAUUGCUGAAAAAACUGAAAAAAAAAGGUUUUGUGAAUGAAUUCACAUUCUGAAAUAUCAGGUAUCAGAAUGAUUCCCUUUGUGACAGUCCACAUCAAACGUCUUCAGUUUUUUACUUGAGUGUUCUGUUUUGAUGUAUGACACAGGAAGUAAAUCAGAAUAUGACCUGGAGCUAGGAUUUGCAGGACUUCUUGGGAUUUCUUCCAUGGGAAAAUGGGGCAUUUUGAUAAGCAUUGACUGCUGCUAAGUGGUAAACGCAAUUAUAGCACACUACAGAAAAGGAGUAGAAGAAAAGGGUUUACUGUAUUUGGCCUCCUUACCUUAAGUGCAACUCUUUAUAGGAUGAUAUUCUUGAAACUGAAUAGUAUGCAUUUACAUCCAGUUUUUGGAGGUUUUUAUUUAUCAGAAGUAGGGUUUAGAAUUGUCUGCCACCGGUGUAGGUGAUUUUGAGUUUGUCUCAGUAAGAGCAGCUCACAUUUGAGAGAUGAAAUGGCGAUGUUAUUGCAAAGAACUGUAAUUCACACCGUAACUCCAGUAAGCAAAGCAAGAGAAUUUGAAGGGCAUUCACUCCUUUCUUGAAGAAGGUACAAUACACUUUGGAAUUUGUGAGUAAAUGUGAACAUGCAGUAUAUAAGCACUAUUAUCCUUGUGACAUUAAUGAAUCUUGUUUCUUCUACUACUUUCCAAGAAGUAGUAGUUCAGAAGUGGAUAGUUUCUGUUUAAGAAGACUGAAAAUAUUUCUUCACGAUUCUAUGGCACUCUGGUUAGAGAAACUGCAGCUUUAACAGUUAAGCUGAAUAUUUAUACACUAUUUAUGAUGAUGCUUUCAGAACUGUAGUUGUGUUCCUUUAGUGCCAUCCCAAUUUUUUUUUUUUUUUUUUUGGGGGGGGGUGAAAUUAUGUUUGCAGUUAGCAGGUUUGCACUUACUGGCAGUUUAUUGCAGUAGAUGAAAAACUAUGCCGUAAGUCAAACUGAUGUCUUGAAAACAACCAGUAAAAUAUAUGCACAGGAAUUGUUUCAUCUGUAUGUGGGAUCAUUUCUGUCUUGAUACUAAACUCUUUUUAGCCUUGGAGAUGGUAAAAGACAGAUGCAACUUCAGAAUACCACUAGGUUUACAGGACCCAAUGCAUAUGUGUUCAUCUCCAACAGCAUGCCACUUUAUUUUAAUUAUUGUUAAUAUUAUUAUUAUUAUUGCUAUUAUUAUUUUUGAAAGACAUGGUUCAAAGUAGUUCUAUUGCUUAAUUGUGUUGCUUUGUGAAUGGUUUAAUAUUCCAAGUGUUCAUCUGCCAGUUGCUCGUUGAAAUACAAUCUGUAUUACUUUAUACUUUUUCUGCACUAUCAGCUUUUUCACUUUGCUGUUUCAGAGACAUUUUUAAGGCAGCUGUUCUAUAAAAGACACAAAGUCCAGAACCUGGUACUGUAUUAUAUUAUGUGGGUCCCACUAAUAAACCUUAUGCUAAUGGUUAGCAGAAUUAAUGAAGACUGUCAUAAAGUUGCUCUUUAUUAUAUGUCUCCAAUUUUUCUUUUUCCCUUUAAUUUGGGAUCAGUAUUUAUCUGCAAGCUUAGCACUUUAGCUGAAGUGUUCCCACCUUGCUUCAGUUCUUGUCUGGCAGUUUGGCAUAUAGAUUUAAGGCUAUGAACUGCUACCAAGCUCCAGCAUGCAGUCUUGCUGCUGUCCAUAAUCUCCAUUCACAAACUGUGGCUGAGCAAGUCACUUAUUCAAGCAUUGCUCCCUUGUCACAUCUUGCAAAGAAGCACUUGUGCAUAGUGGGCUUACCCAGUUACCGGAUAAAUAACAGUAAGUCAAACAGCUGUCCUUAAAAAAAAUCAUGAUGUGGGCAGCUCCUCUGUGAAGGAAGGGGAGCCUCAAAUGCCAUUAAGAAAUGUCUUUCUUUGGGUUUGAUGGGUAAUAAGUUUGCAUGUGUGCCUUGCCUUCAAGUGAGCUAUGAUAUCAGUUCCCAGCUGCUCUAUGCCUUCAUCUGAAACCCCUUUAAGUAGUGAAUGCACAGGACAGCCCAUGCCUCUACAUACUGUGCCCCACCUUUCAGCCACAGAUUGCAUCUGAUGCAGAUUUUAAGGUGCUGCUCUUCUCCAGUGACAAGCAUAGGUCUCGACCUCUUAAGAAGUCAGUGUGCAACACAGACCCUGACAAUGUGUGACAAACGGGCAAAAUUUGAAACAGCCUAUUUCCUCACUGUGUGAAAACACACCAUUUCCAUGGUGCCAAGCUGAAGUGGUCUUUCAAGCAAAGUCAGUAAGUUAAGUGUAUAUGAGCCAAGAGUAAACACUGUAAAAAAACAGUGUGUAACUGAACUUAAAAAUGUGUAUUGUAUAAUCAGAAAAACACUCCCAUAACAAAGUACGCAAUCAGUGGCAAAUCAUGCACUUACAAUCAGAAAGCAAAAGCAGCAAUUCUGCAUAAGACUGAGCUGUGAUAACCUAUGCACUUUUCCACUGAGCAAUUCACAAGAUUUUUUUUAAACAAUACCUCUCAAGUGUACUUCAUUAUAAGGAAAAUUCCUCGCUUUGAGUCUUAAAAUAUCCACGUUCCUUGAAGUUCCACAUUGAAAGGGUCAGUCGCAUAAUUAGUGUUAAAACAGUUUUAACAGAUAUUCAUAGUAGAAACUGAGUCAUAUUAAUCAUAAAAAUCACUUGUAAGUAUAAAUUAACUCAUUUUUACCAUCCUGGGACCUCCUAGUUGAAGUUAUUAGUAAGCUGUUCUGCCCUCCUACAGACAGUGGGGAAGGAGAGCUUGAGGUGCAGCCCUGUAAACAUAAAACACUUAAGCUGCCAGAAUCCCCACCCCACUAAAUGCACAGCAUAGAAUUCCCCUGUCCUCUACAACACUAAUAAACUGUAAUACACAAAAGGCUUAUCUGUUAUUCAUGGUAAGUAAUACUGAGUCAUAUUACUCAGCAAAAUAACUUAAUAUUUGUGUAUUAUGUGACCUCCUAACUGAAAUUAUUAAUAAAGUGUUCUGCCUUCCUACCCUAUGUACAAAAAAAAAAACCUGCUAGAAUGUCCCUACCCCUCUAAAAACACUAAGCUGACAGACUUUACCUACUCACUACCAAAUGUACAUCAGAGAACUCCGCUGUCCUGUAGAACACAAACUACAAAAAUAUACAAAUAUUUACCUAUUCUUUCUCCACUGUUCUAGCAAGACCUGGACUAAAAAUUAGGCUCUUAGCUGCAGCUAAAGAUAUACCACCAGAAGGUAUGAUUCCCCAGGGAAGACAUCACAGUCGUUUUGGGAGUAGUGGUUUGCACACUGUACUGUACAAUCCACUUACCACCAGUCUUCUGCUGUGUUCCAUGAUCCUGAUAUCCAUGUUUGAAGGUGAACUGCUGCACACCCCAAAAGUUUGCUGGCUGCUGAAAUAAUCAUCCAUGCUGGGAACCUCCUUAUCCCUAAUGCUGCUGCCCUUCUAAAGAAAAAGCCAUUGUUGCCUUAAAUCCACAAAGAAAAGUGCUGCCUGCAUCACAGUGGCAUGACAACUGCCACCCGGAAGUCUCUUACUGAUUGUUUAUUUUCCUGUUUCUUCUGGUUGGCUCGCUUUGCAUCUGUAGUCAGUCUCUGAUUGGGCAUGUUACAUGUAUGCGGAUUGGCUAUUUUUGCAGUAUAUGAGCCAGUCAGAAUAUGAAAAGCGAAGCCAACACUCUUAAUGUGGAACUGUGGAAUUUUGUGAGCUCUGUGCCUUAAUUGUGGCACAUUCCACAUAAUCCGGAGCACUUGGAAGGUGAGGUGAACAGGCAUUCACUGACCUACACCAUAGCUCCCUUUUCAGGGGAGAAAUGGUAGUCCAGAGAUGCUCAGUCUUCCCAUACUGUGUGAUCCUCACAACAGUCUAAGAUUAUGACUCAGUAUUGAUUGCCAGCAGUGCGAAGUGAUGCCUUGCCUUUACAUAGUGGACAAGUUUUUAGGUCACCUGCUUUGAUACAAGGUAUUUUGGAGUAGAAAGAAUGUUAGAAUUUCAUCUGUGUAUUACUUUGCAAAAUGUAUUUUCUUUAGUAAGCCAUAUGCACUGAGCUCAAGUCAUUCAUAAUGUAGAAAUUUAAACUCGCAUCGGUUUAUCAGUUCUGGUUUUGGUGUGUGUGUGUGUGUGUGUGUGUGUGUGUGUGUGUGUGUGUGUGUGUGUGUGUGUGUGUGUGUAUAUGUGCGCGCACUUGGGUGCCUUGUCAUUGAUGGCCAUAUUGUUAUCUGUGCCAACUAACCGCUACCUUCACCCCAGCUAGUUUUUGUCUUGAAUUUACAUGAUGUGUCCCUCCCAUUCCCCUACCACCACACACAAAAAUGCUUCCAUACUGAUCAAAGAUAGUGGUGAUUUUAAAAAAAGGGGCAAUUAUUUAUGACAAAAUAGUUAAUCCUGUCCUGCUGCCUCUUUGUUCAGCAUGCCUGCUCUGCUGAGAUGACUGUGAGAAGAUGAGCUGAGAAAGGUAUAUGGCAGUUUGGGUGAAGCUUUUCAAACUGAACGAUUUUUUCCUUCCAUUUAUCAUGAUGUUAAGUUCCUCUUGCCUAAAUGUAUAAUUGUCCAUCCCAGUUUAACAGUAGCACAUGAGCAGGUGGUGAAUGUUACACUAUUUAAGCGAAGUGACAGUGCACACAGAAAUACUACCCAACAAAGAAAAAUGUAAAAUGACAAUAGAAGAAAGUUUCUGACUUUCUUGAGGGUUUGUUCUUUCUGAAUCUUGUGUACAUUCUGCAAGGGUUUAGAUUCUAUAACCAAGCUGAUCUGAGAAAACAAGAACUCUUUGAAUUGUCCCUUUAAUGUAAGAAUUAAAUUAUAACCAUCACAAAGGGCACACAGAAAAGUGAUAUUUUCAUACAUUGUAGUGUUGCAGAUUUCAGGAGCAGGUAGCUGCAAAGGUAGCUUUCUCCUUUCAUUUCUGUGCUAAAUGUAAAUUUUUAUUUCUUGUAUGACUGUUAUUUAUAUUCCUUUCACCCAGCAUUGGGGUAUCCUGUGAUAGUGCAUCAACAGUCUUACAAAAUAUGUCAGUAUGUAGCUUUAACAAAUACAUUUCAAGAGUUAAAUUACAGUAAAGCAGAUUUAUUUCAGCUGUUCUAAUUUAAAUGUUUCAUUUUUGGCCAUCUUAAAAGUGCUAACUUAAAAGAGCUCUUUGUUUACAGCUCUUUUGUUUGUUUAUCCAUUGUACUGUGUUUCAGAAGUUUUUUCACUAAAUCAGAAAAAUUGUGUUGUAUGUGUACUGUUUGUGAGUGUUACAAAAAUGUGUUUCAUGGUUGCCAUAACUUGUACUGAUGUACAGUGCUGUUUAUAUUUACCAAGAAUACUAAAAACCUGCUCUGUUGUUUUAGUACAGUCCUUUUGUCAGUAUUCUGAAUGCUCUUUUUCUUUGUAUACUUGUUUGCCAUUCUGUGUAUUUCUUCAAAGGGGCUGUUUAUUGCGUCUGAAGACAUUUUUUAGAACAUCUUGUAGUUUACCCAUACAUGCAAGGUAUAAACCCGGAGAAGGAAAACUCCCAGGUUACUGUUCAUGGGUGUAUCCAUUGUUUUCUGGAAACAAGCCUCACAUAGUUGUCUACCAAAGAGAAGUUGAGUCCAGCAGGACAAAAUCACAUGUUCACACAGUUCUUCAAAGGGCAGAUCAGUCUGUCUGUGACCAAUUUGCUACCAUGCAAACACUUCAUUAUUUCACUUUGCUACCUGACUAAAUGUGAGUGACUACAAAGCAUCUUAACUGAGAAUCAGUGUUUUGUUAGAAAUCAGGGAUUGUGCUUUCUUUAAUGGUGCUGUAUUUUUUAUAUUUGUUGCCUACAAAAGUGACUGCUUACAAAAUGCUAUAAAUUAAAUAAAAAAACAGAUUUACCACUCCA